AUGGAUGCAUUAAAAGAAAAAGAGUCCUUGGAUAAAGAUUUUACAAAAUAUGUUAUUAUUGCAAAACCUAAUAAUUCUCAACAAAAUACAUAUUUAUGGUCUUCUGGAUUUGAGGAAUUUGUAAAAGACACACAACCAGAUGCAGUAGAUUUACUCAUUCUUUAUGAUAAAAAGGUUAUUGCAAUGUUAUUAUGUGAAUUUAUUGUAGUCAUAAAGACAAGAGACAAAAAGGAAUAUAAAGCAAAUUCAUUAUACAAUUGA